UAGCAACUGCACUUCUACGCAGGCAUCAGGAAAGGGAUUGACCUUUGGAAAGUAACUUCAUACCUUAGACGGUUUAGGCUUUUGAUUCGACAGUUGGGAUUGAGCUUUCACUAUCACUAAAGGACCGAUUCUUGUUAUUGCCAAUUCCCAGUCCUCUAGGCCCAAUAGACUGAAAGCAAGGAACUUCACUCUAAGCUGGGGAAGUAAUGAAGGGUAAAUAGCGUAGAUAAGAAAGGGCGUCGUUAGCAGGCUAGACAGAUAUUGAAUGAAGAAAGAGAGGUAAAUGAGACUGGUAUGCCAGUUUCCAUCUUGUUUUUGUCGGGGGUUUUGGCAGAAUUGGGUUCUACUCCCAUAGCCCCUUUUGUUGCGGCAUUCCCCCAAGGAAAGAAAGAUAAAGACGGGAUAUGCGAUUUAAAACUUGUCAUCUACUUUCAGGAAAUGUUCGGAACAGAGAACUUACAAUAAUACAACGCCGCAUUCUCCGAAGAUUGAGGAACAAGAAGAGAUCUAUUAAGAGAAAGAUUUAUCCGAGAGAAAAUCUUAACAGUUACAUCCAAUCACAAACUACACGAAAGUUGCCCCUUUUUCAUGGGGAUUUACCCAUCACAGAGAUGCACAGAGGAACAGAACGAACUUCAUAUAUCCCUUUUCUACUCAAUCCAGAAACAAGAUCGGACGUUAUUCCGGUUCGUCUCCAUUUUCGUGAAACUAUUCCUCAAGCAAGGCAGCCGAUAAGUCAUCGAAAGGUUUGUGUGAAUAAUCGAAUGGUAAGCAUUACUCGUUUGAAAGUUUCCCACGGUGAUCUAAUAUCUUUUCAAGAAAAUGACGCGAGAAUCCGCGGUGAAGAAAUAAGGAGAUCUUUCUAUAUCGAAAUAUCAGUUGAUAAAAUCAUAGGAAAAUUCCUGGAUCACCCGGUAAGAAUGUGGAGAAGAACCAAAACAAAAUGGUUCCACCUACUCAAAACUAAGCGGGGAUGCCGCCUACUACUAAAAUCCCGGUUUUUGCAACAACAGUUGCGUUAUUCUAUGCAAGAAGAAGACUUUGAAAGAACUAAGAAGUUUGGAUCCGAAAAAGUAUGCUUAGGCAGUUCCUUCGCUGAGCACAACAGAAUGAAGAGGAAUUUGUAUCAUUUCAAAUCCCUAUUCUUAUCGAAGAGAAGAAACGAUAAAAACCGAUAUCUUCCUACUCGAACAAGAAGUCCUAUAGUUUACAACUCUUCUUUAUAUAGUAAUUCGACCUAUUGCUCCUCAUCCCCCCAUCAGUUUACUAUGAAGAGAAGAAUCAAAAGGAUCGAACUACCUACUCAUUAUUCGGAGGUGAAUCAUAGAACACCAAAAGCGGUGGUAUUUUAUGGACCUAACAUAGGUCACAUCCCUCACGACAUAAGAUUGAAAGAUCCAAACCUUCCUCUUCGGAGCGGAAACGGACGUGGCCAAAACAUAUAAAGAUCAGCGUAGUCGCUCAUAGGGACAUAUCUAUCUGGAUAGAGGAUAGUCUAGAUCGAUUCAUAGAUAGAUUUCUAUCCAUAUAGAUAGGUAUCUCCGUGGAUAGAGAUAAAGAUAGGGAUCCAUCUAGAUCUUGCUUAAUUCACUAUUUCCAUUUUUUUUCUUGAUUCUGAUUGAUUGCCUUUUUGACGACAAGUUUUAAAUCUUAAUGCAGGCAAGGUACGUAGUUCUCGACCGUAAGGGAGAAGGAAAGAUUUUCAAUUCUUACUUGCUGGGUCGGAGCGUAGACGAGCGAGCAGAGCCCAGGAUACAGGGAAGCCCGUCAUAGAGCAGUCGACUAGAAGUAGAAGACUGCUGGCCUGAGAGAAGGCGGCCUCCCUCGGGAAACAUGGCCCAAUUUUUCUUCUUUCUUUUUUGAUUACCUUCUUUUAAGAAAAGUGAAGGAUUAUGCACGUGGAAUACUCCUUUCCAUUUCUUCUUUCUUUUCUUUAAGGGAGCUGUUCCAGAAGUUGCACUUUCUUUCGAUGUUGGUCCAGGCCCCCUAUCCAUUGGCAUUGAAGUAGGCAAGGCCAAUCCAUCUGUUAAGUCAGCUGGUUCUAGGUCAAAAGCUAGUGUAAAAUAUGUCUUUCUCGUCCUAAGCCCUAAGCUUCCGCCUUACCUGGAGUUAAAGUUACCGUUGGAGGCCUUUGAGUUCCAGUCUCAGUAGUGGUCUUCCCUAUAUGUACAGGGGAGUAGUUAGUUGCGAGUGUCAGAUAAAAGUGCUUUAAAAUAGGAGAAAGAUGAAUUUGACCAUCCCAAGGGAAAAUGAAUGGGAAGGGGGCGUCUUAGCUACUCUUCAGGCUAAUUAUAAGAAUAGGAUGACUUACCUUUACUGUAAGGCUUGCUUUUUGGAAGCCUGCUCCGAGUAAACUCGCGAUUCUUUCUUUUAGGCGGA